AACAUGCUCCGUUUCGUCGUACUUCUCGCUUGCCUCGGCGCGAGCCUCGCGCGUCCGCAGAAACGCCUCGCUGGCGACGCAUUCGCAGUGGAAAUCGAUAAGUUCCCUUACCAGGUGAGCGUCUACUCGUUCGGGAAUUAUCGCUGCAGCGGCGCCAUUAUUUCCGAGGACUACGUGCUCACGAGCGUGCAUUGCGCGGCUUUCGCGCGCGACGCGCUUACCGUUCGAGCUGGCAGCGCGCAGCUCGGCGUCGCUGGCUCGCUGCACAAUGUCAGCGAAAUCAUCGAGCACGAUCAUUACGGCUCCAAUAUCAAGAGGCACAAUGACGUCGCGCUGCUGCGGCUCGAGCCCAAGCUCGAGUUUGACGAAACCAAGCAGCCGAUCCCACUUACGGGCGCCAAGGUCUCCCUCACCGAGGGCGAUAAGGGCGUUAUCAGUGGUUGGGGUACGACUGGCGAUCGCAAUUUAAGAGGCGACAUUCGUUUGUUCGCAGCUGUAUCGGUCAACGUAAUGUCGCUGCUGGAUUGCGUCGAGAUUUAUUACUCGAGAUUCGGCAAUUUAUCGCCAGGCGCACUUUGCGCGAAAAACGAGCGACCAGGUGGCGCUGCCUGCUCGGUGAUCUGGUCGGCCGACGAUUCGGGAUCGCCGCUCGUUGUUGAUGGCAAAUUGGCUGGUAUUUUCUCGUGGGGCUACAAGUGCGACAGCCCAGGAUUCCCGUCGGUGUUCAUGGAGGUGGCGUACUACAGGGACUGGAUCAAGAAGAAUUCUGGUGUUUGAUAAUGAUCGUGGAGUCAAUUCUUUUGCAUGGAACCCGUACUUAUUGAUUGUUAGCUCUAUAUGAAUCAUAAUGCGAAGGAUGCUUACGUCAUUUUUAUUUCUUCUUUUUUUCGUCAUUCUUCGACUUGAUCACGUAACAUUUUUUUUUACUUUAUCGAAAAAAAAAACAAAU